AUGAGCUUUCGCGGCUUCUCCAAGAGCGUGUCUCGAGCACCGCAGCAGUUCAAGGCCAAGUUCAACCUCGGCGAGCACACGAAAGACCCCGUCUACAUCGAUGCCGAGCGGCGCUUCACCGAGCUGCAAACCGAGACCAAGCGCCUGCACGAUGAGUCCAAAAAGUACUUCGACGCCAUCAAUGGCAUGCUCAGCCACCAGAUCGAGUUCAGCAAGGCCAUGAGCGAGAUCUACAAGCCCAUCUCCGGCCGCAUGUCGGAUCCCGAUUCCCUCGUUGUCCACGGCAACCCCGAGGGCAUCCGCGCCUGCGAGGAGUACGAGGCCGUCGUCAAAGACCUGCAGGAGGCCCUGAAGCCCGAGCUGGAGAUGAUCGACCAGCGCGUCAUCGGGCCCGCCAACGAGCUGCUCGAUGUGAUCAAGGCCAUCCAGAAGACGGCCUUGAAGCGUGACCACAAGCAGCUCGACUACGACCGGCACCGUGCCAACCUCAAGAAGCUGCAGGACAAGAAGGAGAAGACUGCCAAGGACGAAAAGGCCAUCUGGAAGGCCGAGGGCGAGGUCGAGAACGCCACCCAGGAAUUCAACUACUUCAACGACCUGCUGAAGGAAGAGCUGCCCAAGCUGUUCAGGCUCGAGCGGGAGUUCAUCCAGCCCCUGUUCCAGUCCUUCUACUACAUGCAGCUGAACAUCUUCUACACCCUGCACGAGAAGAUGCAGCACUGCGAUAUCGGCUACUUCGACCUCACAUUAGAACUCCAAGAGGGGUUUGAGUUGAAGCGCGGCGAAAUCCAGGAGCAGGCCGAAAAGUUGUCUAUUGUCAAAUUCAAGACCACCGGCCAAAGAAGACCGCCCAAGUACGGUAAACCCGCUGGCCUCCUUGAGGGCGGGAAACGGCCGGCCGCCAUCACGGCAGGUCCUUCGUCGUCCUCGGCAUCGACCACGCCCCAAAUCACAUACGGCGAAAGCGAAGACGCCGAGCAAGCCCCUCCUCCACCGUACUCGACAGCUUCGAAGCCCUCUCUAGCCUCGCCCAUGUCACCGCCCCUGAAGAGCCCGACAUCACCCGGACUCGCUGCGGCGGCUGCAGCCAAGUCGAAACCUCCUCCCCCGAAGCCCAAGCCCAGCCGUCUCAGCGCAACACCCGCAGGGGCCGAGACCGUGACCGCACUGUACGAUUACUCGGCCCAGGCGGAAGGCGACUUGAGCUUCCGGGCCGGUGAUAUAAUCACAAUCAUCACCAGAACGAACAACGAAAACGAGUGGUGGACUGGAAAGGUCAACGGAAAGCAGGGACAAUUCCCAGGUAAGCUCAACCAGGCCUCUCCUCUGACGAUGGUCGGCUCACAGAAGACAGGCAAUUAUGUCAAGCUAGGCUAG